AAGUCAAGACAGGCUUUUAUUUUGAAAGGGUGUUUGGUGGUCUCCUCGCUUCAGUGCCGCGGCCCCGGCGCUCCGCGCAUCAGACGCACAGUCGCGAAUCACCCAAAGCGCGUUGAGACGCUGCUGUAUCUGCGUACAUCGGCGUCCUCAGAGCCCGUUUGACUCUGGAGUAUCCAAGCGGGGUUGCUAGUCUGUGAAAGAGACCCACAGAGAGCGAGGAAGAGCAGUAAAGGAGGAGGAGGAGGCCACUCCUUUGAUAAACUGUGCAAACGCAAAAAAGCUCGCUCCGUACAGCUGCUACUGUCUUAUAUUUACAUUCAGCAGAUGUGUUUGGACCGAUAAAUCACUAGAGCUGUGUGUUUGGAUCUUCUGGACAGUCCGCGUUCAUGAUUAUUCCCGAGUCGGAUCUUCAGAGGAAACAAUGUAACCUGGUAACACGCGCAUGCAGGGAUCCGUGUGUGUUUUCUGUCCAGCCGCUGUAUAUAGCCCCACUGAGAGACCGCGCUCUGUAUAUCACAGACUUCCUUGGUUACGUGGAUCUCCUUCAGACAGCCAGACCUCAUAAACACCUGUCAAGAAACAACGCUGGGAUCCGGCUUUUGUUCUAAAAGUGGAACCAAACAGAAGGAAGGAAAUCUAAUCUUGCUAGAGUUGAGAAGAUCCUAGAGCAGUAAGUGAGGUGAAAGCGCAGGCUGCCCACACACACCGCAGCCAUGCUGGAGGAGGACAUGGAAGUGGCCAUCAAGGUGGUGGUGGUGGGGAACGGAGCGGUCGGGAAGUCCAGUAUGAUCCAGCGAUACUGCAAGGGCAUCUUCACCAAGGACUACAAAAAGACCAUCGGGGUUGACUUUCUGGAGAGGCAGAUCAUAGUUAAUGGCGAGGACGUCAGGCUGAUGUUGUGGGACACAGCGGGACAGGAGGAGUUUGAUGCCAUCACCAAGGCCUACUACAGAGGCGCUCAGGCCUGUGUGCUGGUCUUCUCCACCACCGACAGAGACUCCUUUGAGGCCAUCAGCAGCUGGAGGGAGAAAGUGGAGAUGGAAGUCGGGGACAUACCCACUGUCCUGGUGCAGAACAAAAUCGAUCUGCUGGAUGACACGGUUAUCAAAAAUGAAGAGGCUGAAGGUCUCGCUAAGAAGCUGAAGUUGAGAUUCUAUCGGACGUCAGUGAAAGAAGAUCUCAACGUCAAUGAAGUUUUUAAGUAUCUAGCUGAUAAAUAUCUGCAACGACUCAAGCAGCAGUCAGCAGAGGAGACCGAGGUUGUUCACACAUCCAGCAAUAAAAUAGGCGUUUUCAACACUACCGGAGGCGGUCAUGCCAACCAGACCGCCGGCGAUCUGAACGGCCGUGAGGUCAUAAACCUGCGACCAAACAAGCAGAGGACCAAGAAAACGAAAAACCCCUUCGGUAGCUGCAGACUGCUCUGAUUCACGGUAUGCCUGGCAGGGAAUCGACGAGCCACAGGUGAUGCGAGCGCUAAUUAGAGUUGAAGAAAAGCCCCGCGUCCGCUCUGAAGGUGUAUAAUCCAGAGCAGAUCUGUCAUAAUGUGUGUGUCGUCAUGUCAUGGGCCCCUGCAGGCUGCUGGCGCCCUCUGCUGGCGGACACUGCUUACAACACUAGUGUUUCUGCCAUUAGCGGCAUCACACAGAAUCGCAAAACAGUAAAUUGGAGGUCUGUUGAGCUAUUUUUGUACGAGCAUUGAUGAGUAGGCCUAAAUCUUUUGGACACUGCCCUUCCUCACAUUUUAACAAUGAUUGUGGCUCAAAAUUUGAAUGAAAAGCGAAUAUAUUUUCUCACAGUCAAAUAUUUGGUGAGCUAUUUCAUGUGGUACACAGCAGGGUAAUUUUCUCUAAUGAGAAUACUUAAAGCAGAAAAAAACUAACACACCAUUUGUGCAUUUGGACUGUUCAUCGUUAGUGCAAUAUGUUUGUAUUGAUGGAGAUGCAUCACUUGCUAUCACAAUCUUCCCUUAAAAGUUAUGUUCAUUUGUUGUUUCUUAUAUGAACGUCGUCACAAGUUUCAAUCCGUAUGUUCUUAUAGGUAUUUUUGUAUGAAAAAUGUAGUAAAGUAAAUUCAUAACAUUUAACACAGUGCCAAAAUGUUUCUAAACUCUACGUACUUGUAAGAAAUGUAAAUAGUGUUUAGUAAAUGGUUGAAAGAGUCAGAUUUUUAAACAUUUCAGAUGAACUCGACGUCGUUGAUAUGCAUCAGCAUCCUCUUCUGAAGCUCUGUCAUAUUCUAACACUAUACCAAAUGCAAGAGAUGGGAUUAUAUAGAAAGGUUUUUGGUUGCUGACAACUGGCAACUCCGCCAGAUAUUACAGUAUAAAACGGCACACACUUACUGCUAGGGCUGGGCGAUAUUGCUACUAGAAGUUACUUGAUAUAAUUAAGCCUUUAUGAAGAUGACAUUGCAAUGGCAUAAAACAGUCAUCAUAACCAAAACGCUGUUGUAGCAAAUUGUGCAUCAAAAUGUUAAAAUUAAAAUGCAGCAAAAAUCAAGGCAUGUUUUCACACUGUUCACUAAAUGAACAGCAAGAAUAUGUAAUAAUUUUCAUUCAUACACACUGGCAAUAAACAUUAAUACUUAUUUACGCAUUUCCCCCCUAUUUUUACUAAAGCAUUUGAACUCUUAAAUGUGCAGGAACUUUAAGUGUAUUUAUUGCUAGUUUUAAAAUAAAUAAUUAAAACUAUUCUUCAAAGCAUUGCUUUGUUUUUUUUUCUUUCAAUUUAACAGUUUGUGUAUCUUACCAGCUGUAAUACAGUUAUAGCAACUGAAGUUUAAAUCUGAUGCUAUUAAAACAUCUCUCAUAACACUCUUGUACUCUGAUGAUAUUGUGACCAGAGUAAAACUAAACUGAAGUCAUCAUAAGUGUACAGUGAAUAUUCAGUAUAUCGCCCCACCCUUCUCACUGCUACACAUUUACAUGUGCACCAAUUAUUAUUAUGUUGCGUAUAUAUUUUUGCAUUUGUGAAAAAUUAAACGCUCAGCUUGAAGUUCUGCAUCCACAUGACGUCUGUUAUAUGUGAAUUACUGGAAUCGAUUGGAAAGUAAAUACACAUUCAAAAUCCACUCAGACCCAUGAAUUUACAAUCAAUAUAUAAAACUCACUUUAAAGUUUUCCGAAUAUAUUUGAGUAACGGUUCGAGAUGACCAAGAUUACCAAUGAUACGCCACCCAUCUCCUGUUUAAUCUUGGACUAAAUUGCACUGAUAUUAACAUGACCUUCAGCACAGUAUUGGGCUUUAUAUAUGUACAGGAAUCCACCAAGGAAGAUUUCAGAACUGUGUGUGAAACUAAAAUGUACGUUUCUAGAGGAUCUAUGAUGAAAACUAGCCUCCCAAAGUCCCAGAGCCUUAACCACUAAAGUCAUUAGAAACGCACAAGAGUCACAACCGAGCUUGUUUGACGUUACUGAAAAUUGAUGUGCUAAAUGUUUUACUCGAUUUGGGUGCAUAAACCCAAUGUUCCCUCUCUGAGUUUUAUAUUGUAAUCAAUCAGAGGAUGUUACAGAUAUUGUUCAAGAUUUGAUCUGAUUUGAUUUUCUCUUGCCAUACUCUGUUCACUUGUUUCAUGUGGCUUAACUCUUGAUUGAUUGUAUUUAUUCAUGGAUCGCAUGCCUUGCAUUUAUGUUUGAAUGUGGAAUCAUGGUACUUCGCCACAACAGCCUUCAUGUUUACAGUGCUCAUCAGCUUAUGUUAACUGGCUCGAUGUGAUGAUUGUUGGUUUUCUCAUUUGCUGCAGUGAAAUGAUGGCGACACUACAAUGAACUAAAGGCACUUUAUUUAGCUGAUAUAAUUCCUGAUCAUGUUAUUGCUUGGUUAUCUUAAAUAUACAGUGAAUAUACAGUUUCUAAUACAAGAACUGCUUAAUUUCUUUUUUUCCCAUGAUUUCCUUGUAGACGUUGAGAAUAUGCCAGCAGCACCUGUUACUACCUGCAUAUUUUUUUAGUCGGCAGAAGUGUCAUUUGAAGUGAUUUGUUUGUUUUUGACUGUCUGAUUAAAGGUCUGGUGGGAUCA